GGUUGCUAUAGUUGCGAAAACGUCUCUGCGGCUGUCGCAGAGACUAAAGAAGACCACACAGACUUUGCCCAAGUGCCAUUAUGGAGCAGGCCUCACCAUCAGGCAAACCUGUGCAGAUCACUGUGACAGAUGGAUAUGACUUGAAAUGUUUUAAAGGAGAUUCUCCAGUUACCUUUAUUCGUGCAGAAUUCAAUCAGGUGGUUCUGGGAGACUCUGCAAAAAUUACUGUUUCUCCAGAAGGAAGUGCAAAAUACAACUUCACCAGCAGUUUUGAGUUAAAUCCUGAGGGAGGAAUCACUUUAGAUGACCUCGCUCACAAACCUGUGUUCUUAACUGUGACUGAAGUUUUACCAAAGGAAAAGAAACAGAAAGAUGAGAAGACCUUAACACUUGGUCAAGCUGUGGUGGAUCUUCUUCCUUUAGUGGAAGGAGAGAGUUCAUUUGAAAUGAUGGUCCCACUGCACCCUGUGCCAGGCUCGCCCUUAGAGGCUCUUCAGUCAGGUGUUAAGCAAUGCAGUCUUCAAGUUAAAAUAUCUGUGGUGGAGCCAUUAUUGACCGCAGCCCAGAUCUUAGAGAGCAAUCUCCUGAAGGUCACAUUGGAGGCUGCCUACUCUGUGCCUGAAGCCUUUAUUCCAGUAGGACCCGUGCAGAACUACAUGGUUGGUCUGCAAGUUCCAUUAGUUGGAGAGAAAGACUGUCCCAUUUUCUUCAAGAAUGGAACUCUGAAGCUUGGAGGGGAAAGAGAACCUGUUCCCCGGCCCAAAAAAUGGCCUAUUGCCAACAUUGUGGCUCCAGGAGCUAAUAAUAUUCCAGAUGCGUUCAUUGUUGGUGGGCCCUAUGAAGAAGAAGAAGGAGAACUCAACCACCCAGAGGACAGGGAAUUUAGGAACCAAUCAGAGUGCAUAAAGAAAAGGAUUAUUUGGGACUUGGAAAGUCGCCGCUACCUUGAUCCUACUGCAGUGGUCAGUUUUCAGAAGCGAAUUGCUGAUUGCCGGUUAUGGCCUGUGGAGAUCACAAGAGUCCCCCUGAUUACUGCACCCAAAGGGAAAGCUGCCAGGUUUGAUAAGGCAGAAGAUGAAAAUCAGCUUUCAUUUCACGGUGUGGCCUAUGUUAAUAUGGUCCCAUUGCUGUAUCCAGGUGUGAAGAGGAUUCGGGGUGCUUUUCGUGUUUAUCCUUACCUAGACAGUGUAGUCUAUGAAAAGACCAACUGUUUAUUUAGCUUGUUCCGGGAUACUGGCCACCAUUUGAUUCAGAAUAACAGAAUCGGAGGAAUUAAUUCCCUAUUGUCCAAAACAGUUACUUCUAAGAACCUGAAAGAAGAUAAAAUACAGGCAUCUAGUAUAAAAUCUCAGAGCUCAGAUACACCUUUGGAAACGGAACCCUCUCUAAACCACAAUCCAGAAGGACAGCAAUAUGUAGAUGCAGGAACUUACAUCGUGUUGGAGAUUCAGCUGAACAAAGCCUUGGUUCCAAAGCGAAUGCCAGAGGAGCUAGCCAGACGGGUCAAGGAAAUGAUUCCUCCAAGGCCACCUCUUACUCGUCGGACAGGAGGAGCUGAGAAGGCGGUGAGUGACUACCACAUGCAGAUCAAGAACAUUUCCAGAGCCAUUCUGGAUGAGUAUUGCAGGAUGUUUGGAAAACCGGUGGCCAGUCUGGGGAGUGAUUUGGAUAGUGAAACGCUGGAGGAGGAGAAGUGCCAGCUCAACUAUGAACUUAAUUGCUCUGGAAAAUACUUUGCUUUCAAAGAACAACUCAAGCACGCUGUGGUGAAGAUUGUGAGAGAGAAGUAUUUGAAGACAACACCAUUUGAAAGCCAGGAGGAACUUCAGACAUUCAUUAGUGAACUCUACGUGUUCUUGGUGGAUCAGAUGCAUGUGGCCUUAAACCAGGCCAUGCCAGAUGACGUCCAAGGUGCUGCCUCAACCAUUCAUACAAGUGAACAGCUUCGAUUCUUUGCAGUUGAAGCAGAAGUCAAUGAGAACUUUGACAUGGCAGCAGUGUAUUAUGAAGAGAGGUUGGUCCGUGAGCCCCAGAACCUGGAACACUGGCUGGACUAUGGUGCCUUUUGCCUCCUAAUUGAGGACAACAUCAAAGCACAGAAGUGUUUUCGGAAAGCCCUUUCCCUCAAUCAGAAUCAUAUCCACAGUUUGUUGCUGUGUGGUGUCAUGGCUGUCCUGAUGGAGAACUAUGAGCAGGCAGAAAUUUUCUUUGAGGAUGCUACUUGCUUGGAACCAACUAAUGUUGUAGCCUGGACUUUACUUGGUUUGUACUAUGAAAUUCAAAACAAUGAUAUUCGAAUGGAAAUGGCAUUUCAUGAGGCCUUCAAACAGCUUCAGGCACUAGUUCUUCAGGCACAAAUAAUGAAGGAGAAGAGCACUGUUGCUGUAGAAUACGCUGAAGGAGGAGGGAAAGUAGAAUCCAGUUUGGGGCCUUACAGAAUCACUAGUGGUUCUACAACAGCAAUCAAGGUGGAAGCCCCAGCAGAACAAGGAGCUCCAUUAUCCGUUCUAGAUGGAUUUGUUGAAGAAUCCUCCAAACUGCAGUCUGAUUCCCAAGAACCCGUUUUGCCUGUACAAUCUCAGGAUCCAGCUAGCAGCCAAAAACCGUCCAACCUAUUUGUCAAGGAGAUUCCAGUAAAAAGAGAAGUAUCAAAAUAUCAAGAUUCAUCAACUUUUCUGCAUCUCACCCCUUAUGGUGUUUCCCAGACUCCUACCACCAUCUUCAUGGAGACGAUACGCUUCUUAAUGAAGGUCAAUGCUAUGCAGUAUGUGCACCGAGUGCUUGCACAUGAGCUAUUAUGCCCUCAAGGAGGCCCCAGCUGUGAGUAUUACUUGGUGCUGGCCCAGACACACCUUCUCAAGAAGGACUUUGCCAAGGCAGAGGAAUACCUCCAACAGGCUGCCCAAAUGGACUACCUGAACCCUAACGUCUGGGGUGUGAAGGGCCAUCUGUAUUUGAGUGGAAAUCAUGCUGAGGCCAAGGCAUGCUAUGAACGAACCAUUAGUUUUGUAGUGGAUGCUUCUGAGAUGCACUUCAUCUUGCGACUGGGGCACAUAUAUCUGGAAGAGAAACAGUAUGAAAAGGCAAAGAGAACCUACCUGCAAGCCUGUAAGCAAUCACCUUCAUGCCUCACGUGGCUCGCUGGAAUUGCCUGUUAUCGGCUGGAGGAGAUCACGGAGGCAGAGGAUGCUCUCUCUGAAGCCAAUGCAUUGAACAACUACAAUGCUGAAGUAUGGGCAUAUCUGGCUCUGGUCAGCCUGAAAGCUGGCCGGCAGCUGGAAGCUGAGCAAGCCUACAAAUACACAAUGAAGCUGAAAUUGAAAGAUGAGGCUCUGCUUGCAGAGAUCCACAUGUUACAGGAGACUGUUGGCUUUGGCAAUCCAUCUUUCUAACAUCCUUCCAGCUGAAGAAUCUUCUGUUUGGGAUUCUGAGAAAUUAAACCGUGGAUGCUUCACCAUAUGAGAGCUGGCGAUGGAGAACAAAGAAGUCUUUACCAUAAACAGAAACCCAUUCAUUUAUUUCCAUUGGCUAUCUUACUGGAUGGCUAUGUUACUGGUUGUUUUACUGGUUGACAGUAAAGUGGAUGACAAUACAAAAUGGAAACAAGAGAUUCAAAAUUCGUCAG